CCACCAACCGAUCCCCAUUACAGCCAUUUGUUUUGCCCGUCCCGCAAUCAGGUCGUCCCCCACGAGCAAUCACCGGUUCGGUGCCCGCCGGCGACCCCAUCCGGCGGCACAACCUUACUUGGCAUCAUGUCUGACGCUGGUAGUUGCGAGGGAGCGCCAGAGGGUAUGGACAAGCCAGAUCCACCACUUGAGCAACAGGCACCUCCAGCCCCCUCGUCUCGGAUAUUACUCAAGAAAGCAGUUGAAGUAAUCGAUUCGUUCAAUGAUUACAAGAGGUGGCUCGUUACUGAAAUUGGGUUUGGCGGCAUGCUCAAACUUCCUUCUAUUCAGAAGCUUAACCUGAAGUUCAGUGCCUGGGUUAUGAGCAAGGUAUCCGUUAGGCGUCGGGCAAUUGUUCUGUCUGAAUCAAAGACGAGGAUGUGCACAAGGUGUUUGGCAUACCAUGUGGCCAUCGUAGUGUUAAAGGGCGUGAUGGUUUCAUUAAGCCAGAGGCAAUAAGUUUCAUAAAGGGCACACUAGGGAUGGACAAGACUGGGGUUCAUAGCAUGCGUGCUGCCGAGGAAUUCCUCAUGCGUGAGAUAGCUGAGUCGUCCAGCAAGCUUGAGAAGGACUGCUUCCAAAUUGCAUUUGUCAUUUUUGUGAUGGGUCAUGUGCUGGCACCCAGGACAAAACACGAUUAUGGGACUAUAGAUUAUUGGGGAGCACUUGCGAACACAGAGAAUAUAUCGCAAUUCAAUUGGUGUGAGUUUUUCCUGGAUUUCUUGAUCGAGGCAGUCUGCCGUUUGAAGAAUGAUAUGAUGGCCAAUAAUCCAAACACCAACCUUGUUGGCUGUCAUCUAUUUCUGCAGGUCUUUUUCCUCGACAAUGUGGACCUAGGAAUUUUCAAUAAGAAGCAUAAUGUCCUUCCUCGGAUCAGUGAGUUUGACCAGGCCACAAUUAUAACGAUGAUUACAAUGGGAACUGACUUGGGGAAGGGCCCUACUUCGUACUCAAAAUGCAUGAUCCGUCAGGUUAGUGAUUUGUGCUAUGCUCGUUGCAAUUUAUGUGGAGGUGUUGACGACGCCACGAAUCAGGCAGCAGAAGUUGGCAAAUUUCACCAGCCAACCAGUCUAAAUGAGGAGCAUGGAAACCAAAUGAAUGAGAGAGCAGGGUCGUUUCAUGAUUCUUAUUCAGUAGCAGCCAACCUCAUGGAUGUGCAGACACCACUACGUGUGUUGGGUCCAGUUGAUUUUGCAGACCACCUACGCAACCGAUACCCAAGUCUGGUCAGGGAUGAGUUAACAUUCAUGCUAAAGGAGCAGAAUGCCAAGUGUCAGCGUGAAAUCAACACGGCCCGAGUCAACAUACAGGCAGACAUGAUCAAGUUUGUUGACAAAGUCAUGACAUCACUUAGCAAUAGGUGCAUUUGCUGUUUUGCCCGUGGUUUUACUGACUGCCCAGCAAGAGCAAUAGCAAUUGAGACAUCACCAGCGGACACAAUGACGACUCCGGCUGGGCCAAAAAUUCCAGGGGUCAGGCUAGAAAUGUCUGCAUGCAAAGGAGACAUGUCUAGAACCAGGGUUGCAUCUGAGGUACUGCCAGAUCAACAACAAAAAGGCCAAGACAUGAUGAUGAUUUGCUUGCAACACUGAAAGCAGGGAUACUUCAGUUUGCAAGGCAUACCAUGCAGGAAAUCAGUGAAAGAUUAAUUGAUCUUCCGAAUGAUGGCAGCACAACUGUGUUUGGAGAAAGGACUGCUGGACUACCAGGACAGAAAUAUGUCCACAUGCCUGGUUUUCAGACAGACCCAUGGAUCAGGGGUGUUGUCCCGUGCCCACCUCAGCCUUAUGUUUCUCAACUACUAGAAGAGUUCUUUGCUACUGCACCGCCAGAAGUUCUUUCCAGGUGUUUAUAUGAAUCUUUACUCGCUCAGAUAUUCUUUUUGUUGAUUCUGUAUGUGGCUGAAUAAAAUUUUCCCAUUCACACUUAUUUCAUGCCCUGGAACUUCCUUGUGCAUGAGAACCCAAGGUUUAUACGGAUCACUGGGCUAGCACUCAAACAACAAUUGGUUGGAGACGUGUUAAUUGAUCACAAGCUCAUGUCAGUCAUCAUCAGAAGAUAUUGCCAGGCUGAUCAGGAAGCCGAUAAACAUUCCCCAUACCGGACAUGGAGGCACCCUCUGGAGCCAGAAUUUUCAAGUCUGGUUUUAUCUGAACAAGAUUACUUGCAUACGAUGUCCAUACAGAAGGCACUAGGCGCCAUGGUACUGCAGUAUGACAUCACAUCCGCUUAGCUGUUCUUCACGCCGGUUCCACGACCUGAGGGAUGGAUUGUGAUAUUCUAGGACAUGGUUGCCCGCGUCAUAUAUGUCAUUGAUCCCAUGUAUAGCAAGAACAGCCAACCACUCAUAACUGAGACAAGAGACGAGAUCAUUGCUUGGAAGCUACAUGAUGCGUUGCUCAAUUGUUUUGCUAAGUACUAUGCUGGUUGGCCAGUCAAGAAAGAUGCAUGGAAGCUGAAGUUCCUUGCCCUUGCGGAUAGCAUUUUUAAUCAGUACAUCAGUUAUGAACUAUGUCUCGAAUUACAGUAAGCCAUUCUUUGGUUCUAAGCAUUUUUUAUUCCUUCAGAAAUGAAAGUGGAGCGUGCGCUGUCCACAUCACACAUCACUUCGAUGGGAAAAAGUUGAAGAUUCCCCUUACCAAGGUUUGUUAACGAACUCGGAUGUUGCACAGUACUGUCAUACAUUGCUUCAUAUUUCUACCGUUGCACAAGUCCAAUACUCAUUGCUCCUGCUGCUGCCGAUAUCCCACAACACACCAUAUCGAAAACAAAGCGGGAAACCCUGCAUGAGUGCAUGAAGUUGCAGGGCAAUUUCUCGUCCCACGCGUAAGAUGUAUUGUGGCAUCUCCUUGCACCAGCAGACUCUAUGUUUGAAUCAGAGUGAACCGGCGAAGCAACGAAGUCGCGGUGGAGACACUGUUGGCGUCUCCCACAACAUUCUCGUUGGCGUCUCCUCGCCCCAACGAAGUCGCGGGAAACCAUGUAGUGUUAUGUUCCUUGUCUUUAUGUUCCCCGGUGGAACAUCUAACCCUGGUGCGGCGAUCGCCGCGAACCGCAUCCGCUCCAUGCUGCCGUCGUUGUCAUUCACCUCCUCUAGCAGUGGUCUGUAAAAUACCACAAGAAUUAUAAGUGCGGGGCGAUGCACUCCCGGUGAAACAAGCAGAUCCACUUCAACAAAAGGGGGGCGUAGAUCAGAUUCUGACCUGUUUAUAGGCUGCAUCAGGAACUCCAUGGCCGCCGGUGAUCUUCCGAGCUUUCUGCCGCCGUCGCCGCAGUAGAUAUCCCCACUGUCCGGCCGCCCGAGUAGAAAACUUACCCCGAUUUAGCUGCCUUACCUACCAGCGGCGCACCUACCUGCAUUUACUGCGCGACGUCACGGAGCUACAGGAAUCCGGUGAUCUGGUCCACGGAUCAGGACGCCGGCAGCUACUCGAUCCACGGCUCUGUCGUCUCACGAUGGACGGCGUCCGCACUUCCGUUCCCUCAGGCCCACAUGCCAGCACAUUUAACCUUUUUUUACUGCUGCGUGUGAACCCGCUGCCUGGUCCAGUCAGUCAAUGUUUCCAAUCUUACAGCUAUUCUGGACGGAUGUGAUUCCGAGCUCACAGGAGCUCGCGAUCACAUACUCCGCGUCCUCGUCCUUCGUGCCAUUGACACACAUGAAAAAUAAUAAAAAGUCAAACCAAAAUUAUGUGGAGAAGGUGAUUCCUACCCUGCUCACAAAUGUAUUUGCAAAACACUGCCAAAAAUGGAUAUGGAUAGAAAUGGCAAUCUGCCUAAUGUGGAAUGCUCAGAUUUGGACACGGCCAGAUUUGGAAAGUCAGCCCUUCCCAGAAAUGGAAUUUCGGGAAAAAAUAAGAAAAACAAUAAAGAAAAGAAGGGGCUGUGUAGAUAUCCCCACUGCCUGGUCCGGUCAGUCAAUGUUUCCAAUCUUACAGCUAUUCUGGACGGAUGUGAUUCCGAGCUCACAGGAGCUCGCGAUCACAUACUCCGCGUCCUCAUCCUUGGUGCCAUUGACACACAUGAGAAAUAAUAAAAACUCAAACCAAAAUUAUGUGGAGAAGGUGAUUCGUACCCUGCUCACAAAUGUAUUUGCAAAACACUGCCAAAAAUGGCAAUGGAUAGAAAUGGCAAUCUGCCUAAUGUGGAACGCUCAGAUUUGGACACAGACAGAUUUGGAAAGUCAGCCCUUCCCAGAAAUGGAAUUUCGGGAAAAAUAUGAAAAACAUUAAAGAAAAGAAGGGGCUGUGUGUUUGUAUGACCAGUGGGUCCUUGGUGCCAUUGACACAUAGGAAUACAUUCGAACCCUGGUCAACUACACGUUGGAGUAUGGCUUCAGCCACUGAGCUAUUCGUGCGUUUCUAGCUAAAGAGCGUGUCUUGCCCUUCUUGAACCGUAUCCAAGGUGGGGCUCGCUGCAUUCUCGAGGCCGAGGCACUGUGUUAGCGACUUCCCCUGCUCUCGCAUGGGAUCGACAAUGGGCCAUAACUACUGGUCUUGGGCUGCUCGGUAGCCAGGCAACACGGCAACUACAAAUACAAGGGAUAGAGUUACGAACAACUUGGCUAGGAACUGGACGGCUUCAGCCUCCUCUGCUUCUGUAUCUCCUCCCUCUCGUGUUCCUCUCCUCUGUAAUGGCUAGACCUUGGUGAAUCCAUGGCUUGUAGUUCUAAUUGAUGAGGAAUAGAUCUCUGUGAGAAGAGUGCUGUUAACAAUUGGUA